AGCUCUCCUCGCUCUUCCAAGCUCACAAUUCACAAACGCACCAAGACACCAGUGGCUAGCCAUGAGGUGGGGACUUAGAAGCAAGCAACAGCCAAGACGAGAGCAAGAGCGACCAGAGAGCAAGGGGAAGAGCAAGGCGGUCUUCUCGUCUUUCUCUCCGUUGGCAUGGCUCUCGAAGCUCACGGCCAAGAACAGUCCGGUGGCUGCUAAGCCCGAGCACGCCACGCCCGUGGCGACCAAGAGCACUGCUCCGUGUCAGCCCGCCGCGGAGUUCCUUUCCUGCUUCCACAAGCGCUCGAGCCCCAGCCCCGCGUCGCAGAGCAGCCCGGCUGAUUCCUCCUCACCCGCUGCAGCGGCAGCCGGCACCACCCCGCGUCGCGGCGACACUGAGGCCGCGGCAGCUGACAUCGCCCCGCGUCGCCGCUCGGUGGGCAAAGACGACACCGAGUCCGAGGCCGCGGCUGCGCGGCAGCUGUACCGCCGUCGCCACUACUCGGUCGGCGGCGACAGGGACCUCCCGCCGCUCGGCCACCUAAUCUCACUCUCCCGCUCUGCCUCUCCAAACCCGCCGCCUAAACCGGCGCCGGUGCGGACGCUGACGCCGAUGCUGCCGUCCGACACGGACGAGGAGAAGCGGCCGCGGAGCCGCCGGCGCCGGCACCGCCGCAUCGGCGGGCGGAGGUCGUUCUCCUCCUGCGGAAAGGCUCCGGGGGCGCGCCUUGCCACGGCGGUGCGCGUGCGCUCCCCUCGCCCGGGCGUCGCCGCGGCCGCGGCGGUGUCCGAGCUGGAGUGGUUCGCGGUGUUGCGGCGGACGAGGGACCCGCAGCGGGAGUUCCGGGCGUCGAUGGUGGAGAUGAUCGCGAGCAAGCGCAUGGUGGGGCGGCCGGAGGAGCUGGAGACGCUGUUGGCGUGCUACCUCUCGCUCAACGCCGACGAGCACCACGACUGCAUCGUCAAGGUCUUCCGCCAGGUCUGGUUCGAGCUCAACAACCCCGCCCGGAUCGCCGCCCCGCCGCCGCGCGGCUAGCCGAGCUCAGCUACUAACCUUUUCACGUCUUUGCCAUCAGCAUCUAUCCACGCGUUGAUGUAUCAUCCUGGCGUGUCCAGAGCCGAUGUGGAUGCUGAUUUCCAUGCGUUUUUAGGCUUACGUGCCGACGUGGCCUUUGCACGCGUAACAGCUAAAAGCUGUGGGACGUGGUAGAGUGCGCUCGCUCGCUAGCUUUUGAGGCGCUUCUUGUUGUUUGCGACUUUGCGCGCGCUGGACGACGGAAAUUGUUGUACGCAGUACAACAACUGUUUCUUUAGCCGUGUGUUCACUAAGGUUAUUCCCAGUGCAGUGUAGGGUACCAUUCAUAUAAAUAAGAUGUCAUGUAAGAUUUUAUGCAUAUAAAUAAGGUGCUAUGCUGAUGUGUUAAAUAAUUAAAGAUAAAGAAGAGAGGUGAGAUAGUUGUGGAGGAUGUGAUGAAUAUUUAUUGCUGUAUAAAUGUGAUGUGACAACAUAAAAAACGUGUUAGAGCUUUAGCAUUAGGAAUAGUCUAAUGUAGCUUAGUCUGAGCGCUCAAGGCAACUUCAGUGAUUAUAGAUAAUAGUUAG